UCACGCGCGGGGCUCUGCCUCUGGACUUGAGGGUUUGAACAUGUCGCGCCUGAAGGGAGUGGCCGAGCGGGAUCCCCGAGUGGGUUUCAGAGCUGAGAGGAGAGACUGCGGUGCCUCCGUACCCCAGGGGCUUUUAAAGGCAGCGAGGAAGAGCGGCCAGUUAAACCUGUCGGGUCGGAAUCUUAGUGAAGUACCUCAGUGUGUCUGGAGAAUAAAUGUGGAUAUCCCUGAGGAAGCUAAUCAGAAUCUUUCAUUCAGUGCUACUGAGCGAUGGUGGGAGCAGACGGAUUUGACCAAACUAAUCAUAUCCAACAAUAAACUUCAGUCACUUACAGAUGAUCUCCGACUGCUGCCUGCACUCACUGUUCUUGAUAUACAUGAUAAUCAGCUGACAUCCCUUCCUUCUGCUAUAAGAGAGUUAGAAAAUCUUCAGAAACUUAAUGUCAGCCAUAACAAACUGCAAAUACUCCCUGAAGAAAUUACAAAUCUGAGAAACCUGAAGGGCCUCUAUCUCCAGCAUAAUGAACUAACUUGCAUACCAGAGGGAUUUGAACAACUUUUCAACCUAGAAGACUUGGAUCUUUCCAAUAAUCGUCUUACAGCUGUUCCUGCUAGUUUUUGUUCUCUGUCCAGUCUGGUGCGACUCAAUCUUUCCAGUAAUCAACUGAAGAGUUUGCCAGCAGAAAUAAGUGGAAUGAAAAGAUUAAAGCAUUUGGAUUGUAAUUCAAAUUUCUUAGAAACUGUACCUCCUGAAUUGGCUAACAUGGAGUCACUAGAAUUGCUCUAUUUGCGGAGGAAUAAAUUACGUUUUCUACCAGAAUUUCCUUCUUGUAGGUUAUUAAAGGAAUUACAUGUAGGUGAAAACCAGAUUGAAAUGUUAGGGCCAGAACAUCUUAAGCAUCUGAAUUCUAUCCUUGUGCUAGACCUGCGGGAUAAUAAGUUAAAAUCUGUUCCAGAUGAAAUUACACUACUACAGUCUUUGGAAAGGCUUGACCUAAGCAACAAUGAUAUCAGUAGUCUACCCUGUUCAUUGGGAAAACUGCAUUUGAAAUUUCUGGCACUAGAAGGAAAUCCUUUGAGAACGAUUCGAAGAGAAAUUAUAAAUAAAGGAACCCAAGAAGUCUUAAAAUAUCUGCGAAGCAAGAUUAAAGAUGAUGAACCUAGCCAAAGUGAUCCUGUUACUGAGACUGCCAUGACACUACCAAGUGAAUCCAGAGUCAAUGUACACGCUAUCGUCACAUUAAAAAUACUAGACUAUAGUGAUAAACAAACAACUUUGAUUCCUGAUGAAGUAUUUGAUGCAGUAAAAAGCAACAUUGUCACUUCUGUUAACUUCAGUAAGAAUCAGCUAUGUGAAAUUCCUAAAAGGAUUGUGGAACUGAAGGAAAUGGUUUCUGAUGUCAAUCUCAGUUUUAAUAGGCUUUCCUCCAUAUCCUUGGAUUUAUGCAUGCUUCAAAAAUUGACUUUUUUAGAUCUCAGGAACAAUUUUUUAAAUUCUUUGCCUGAAGAAAUGGAAUCACUGAUAAGACUACAAACAAUUAAUCUUUCCUUUAACAGGUUCAAAAUACUACCUGAAGUUCUGUAUCACAUCCCCACACUUGAAACAAUUUUGAUUAGUAACAAUCAGGUUGGAUCUGUGGACCCUCAGAAAAUGAAGGCAAUGGAAAAGCUGAUCACAUUGGACCUUCAAAAUAAUGACCUACUUCAGAUUCCACCAGAGCUUGGUAAUUGUGUGAACUUAAGAACAUUACUGCUAGAUGGAAAUCCAUUCCGUGUUCCUCGAGCAGCCAUAUUAAUGAAAGGAACAGCUGCUAUUCUGGAAUAUUUGAGAGACCGGAUUCCUACUUAAAUUGGAGUUGUUUUAUAAUCUUGAUCAUGUUCAUUCUUAGACUUCUUAACAUUGAUAAGUAAUGUUUUUCUAAGGUAUCGUGUGCAUUUAUAAUGGUGAUAACCACAUACAGUGUUAAUGCAUUUAUUCUGAUUGUUUUGCAUAAGAUUUAUCUUACUUUCAUUCCUUAUAAGAUAGCAGUUUCUUCAGAUGUGAAUUUUUAUUUAAUGUAGUUUAAUAUUUUUAUAAUGAUAAAGCAUUUUUGUAGAAGUGGGUUUUUUCUCCCCAUUUCUCAUUGUGUUACAUAUAAUGUGACCAAUGAAUUUGAAUAUGACCAUCUAAUUUCUACCUUUUUGUUAGAUAUAAAAUUGGAUUGAAUUUUAUUCAAAACUGUUCUUUGGUGUUUAAAAAAAUAAGACUUUUUCUUACCCAUGAUAAGACUUAUGUGAUACGGUUAGUCUUGGUAUAAGUUUUAAAUUAAUAUUCACUGUCUUGUUUUUGUUUUAAUCUAGUUGAAAUGUUUCUUUUCUAGCCUUUUCCCCAUAUCUUAUGAAACCAUUUUGUCAGAAAUGCUACAUGAAGUGUAGUUACUGGUAGAGAAAACAGUAAAAGUGUUAUAAUUUUUCUCACAAUUUUGAAUUUAAAACUUGCAAUGAAAUGCAUGUAUUAAUAUACAAUAUGUCUAUUUCUCUAUACUAAUAUAAUCUAGUACUUCUGGAUUCAAAAAAUUUAAAGAGAUUGGAUCUGCAUAUUUUUAUGUCCCAAGUAUGAGUGUUUAAAAAUAACUUUUGUUCUUUUUAAAGUCCUGAAGACCUUAUUUUAUUAAUUCUAUAGUUAUCAGCAGCAGAAAAUAACUAACAACAUAUACUGCAAUGAAAUCUUGACCUGUACUUUCUUAAAUACUUACUUAGGUAUUUGUACACAUAACCUACUCUUUUGGUGUGUUCUAACCCAACCUCGUGCAUUUUUUUUAUUUCUAGAGCCUUACUUUUCAAAUUUGCUUCUAAUCUUCAUAAGACUGAACCUAUAGUUAAUGUGGUAAUUUUCUGAAAGGGAAUUUGUUAUAGGUUAACUUGAUUUAGUAAAAAAUAAAAUAUAAACAUUUUUAUUUACACCAAAAAUACCAGAAGUAGGCUGAUCAGUCAUUAUGAAACUUACCAUGUGAAUCUAUUAAAUAGCCAAUCAACAGAAUGUCUAUUAAUUUAUAUAGACAGGUAGGUAGGUAGCUAGCUAGCUAGCUUUUGAGUGAUUGUGGCAUGCUCAUAUUAUGGGAAAACAAAACAAAACAAAACAUUGCCAAUAAGGAUAAAUAGCUACAUGUCCGUAAUAAAAGUUACAUUUUUCAA